CUUCUGCCGGUUGUCAAGCAACUGCGUCCUCGGUUGCUAUCAUGGACGGAUUGUACACAGACAGCUGAAGCGGCUACACGAACCAACUUAAUUGAAGACUUAUUUUUACUCUUUUAAACGACACAAGAAGCAUUUCUGGAGAAGCUGCCGCGAUGUGGUUUCGAACUUUUCCUCUGCUAGUUUGUCUUCGUCCUGAAAACGGUUGAAUAAGUUGACUUAGCGCCGCCGACGUUAGCUAAAGAGGACAAGUUAGCAGCUAGCAGCUUUGCUCAGAGCUCAACCUGUAUGUCUGCUCGGUGUCUGCAAGGAUCGACAGCCCCGGAGGAUGCAAGUUCUUCAGGAAAACUUCUUCUACCAACCAAAUUUGAGGUUGGGACUUAAUGGAGGCCUCGAAAAUGAGAGACAACUUUUGGCUGAAGAACAGACGUUAUGCAAAGCCAGAGCUCGCAAAUUUUCCCUGGAAACCAACCGACGCAGGAGGGCUUUGGAUGAAAGACGGAAGCAAUGGGACAUGCAGGAGCAACGUCUGAGAGAAAACAUCCUACAGCAACGCAGACAGCAGGUCCAGGAUGCCACUGAGCGCUUCCAAAGAGCCCAUCUACCUCCAUCUCAGAGACGUAGACAAUCUUUUAGAAGGAAUGUCACAAAUAUCGAAGAUGCACUCAACCAAAUUCAAGGCACCUUGAGUUCAUACACCCGGCAGUCAUCAUCUUUCUUGUCCAGCAACAGUAAUAUUAGCAGAAGCUGCACGCCCUCUCCUAAGCCUCCCACAGUUUCCAAAUCCUCCUACCGCCAAGCACUUUCUGCCGUGGAGGCCUACACUAAACUGCUUCAGGAACAGAGCAGAACAGAGAAGCACCAAGAUACCAGUCCACAGGCUAGUCACCUGUCUGAUUCCUGUAACUCUGAGAGCCUUUCAAGUAAGGACAGUUUGGAGAAUGAGGACCCCAACCACAGCGCAAAACAUCUGCAGAGUUCCUAUUCAUCAUUCUUGCUUCACUCAGAGAAGACCCAUCCAGACCCGAGAAACCAGCAGGAUUUGUGUCCAUCGUCAGACCUAACUUCUUUCUCAGCGAUGAUGCUUCUUGGUGAUAACUUGACCCGAUCAGGAAAACUGCCUGAACCUAAGCAGAGCAAGCAAAUGGACUCUGAACGGCCUAAUCAUAAGGUUCAAAUUCCUAAAACUUCUUGGGGGUUCACAUCUGUUGAGCAAACAACCAAAACAGAGAGCCAGCCCGCUCUGCACAACAGCAACUUAUUAACUGUUUGUAAAAUUAGUAGUGGAGAUCCAGAGCACUUCGAGGUAAACUCCGCACAAAACAGUCCCACUGACAACACCAUUGUUACAAAUAGAGUUGCUCUUGGCAACGCAGCACUCGAGUCUUCAUAUCCCAAACAAGAGGCUCUGUUGGAUCUCAGACAGCAGAAAAUCCAUGAUGACAGACAAUUAAAAUAUCCAUCAGCUACAGAAAUUCCUUUGGCUUCCAAAAAUGGCAACAGCAAAGACAUUUUGUUUGGGGCUUCCCCAAAGCCAAGUAUUUUCUUGAAUGACAAAACAACAGAUAAUUUGUCAAAGGAAGGAACUUUUCAGCAAACAGGAAAAGAAAACCACCAUAUGUCAUCCCAGAAAGAAUCUAGUGCAAUCAUAAACAAUCUCAAUAAGAUUUCAAACUCAGAACCCAAAACUGAGAAGCCCACAAAUACGGCAUUGUUGCAACACGUAUGCAAAUCUAAUAUUCAGCCAGACACACCUAAAUGUCUUGAAUGUCCUGAGGAAGAAUUACCAAAACUCCCUGUUCCAGCUGCGACAUCUCAUUCAAUAUGUGAAGUCAGAUUUAUUAAAGGAAUCCUUAAAAAGCAGUCAAAAUAUAUGUCAAGAGAUACCACGUGUGUAUACGGCUCAGGACAUUUGAUUUUUACAAAAGAAGUAGCAUUAGCAAUCAGAGAUAGUGUUGAAUUAACAAGGGCUAAAACUAAGGACAUGGCAGGCAACACCACUGUCAAAAAGAAGCUCCGCUGGUUUGACGAGUUACAUUUGGAAAAAGAGGCCAAAGACCAGAACACAAUGAAACAGAUGAAGGACAAGUCUUCCAAUCUUUGUCAAUCAAAAAACAACUCAGAGGACCACCAGCUAAGUCACGCUACAGUCUCAGGGACUCUCAAGCCAGGACCCAGCAUGACCCCGGCAGCCUCCACUGGUUAUCACUUUACAAAAGAAGCAUGGGCAGAUGUUGGGGUUCAAGUCAGCACGGCCCAGGAACGAGCAGACGAGGUCAAGGUGCCGCGGAGCAGCACCAGGUCCGGUGGCCCCAAGGUCCCUCGGAGAGAACGCUCUGCCAGAGCCGGAGCGGGUCCUGUUUCCUCAAGAACACGAAAGGGCACUGUCAUACGACCUCAAUCUGCCACUGAGGUGAGUCAGAUUGCCAAAACCCAAGGGAAGAUUAUGGUGCCCCGCCCACCUCCUCGGAUAGAAUCAGUGGAAGACAAGACGGCGUACAUCACUAAGACUCCAUAUGGCAUGGAUCUUGCCACCGUGGGCUAUAAACAGGCCCUGGCUGUAGGGCAGGCCCUGCACAAGAACAACUCUGAGGGCUUUUUCUCACCUAACGCACAUCAUGUGAUCACAACAGAUAGUGCUGUUAUGUGCACACCUCUGCCACCCUCGUAUACCUGCCCCUUCUCAGAGGUCAACACAAAGAGCACGUCCAACUCAGGUCAGCAGGAAACUCACAGCUACAGCAGAAGAAGAGGGAUGACGUACAAUGAAAGAAGUAUCUGUUUAGAUUGCACCCCCACAGAUGAGGAGAUUUCACAGCUCUGGCACGGCGUCCGCAGUGCCUUAACCACCAAGGAUGGAAAAACUAUCCUCAGAAGACAUGCCCCAGAGAGUGGGCAAGUUUUACGGAAACCCUGCGUUGAGCAGAGCCGACAGCCUGCUGGCUCAGGGAACAGAAGACUUCUUCAGAGCUCUCAGCCAACAAAACAGACUGCAGAGCUGGCCAGACCAUUUGCAGUUAAUCACAACACGGCCUUUCCAAAUGAAGGUUUUGAGACUGCAGCCCAGUUACACCUUGCUGAAGUACAUGCUGAAGGCCUGCUAGAAGACAGGGAUAUUGUUGCUGCCAUGGAGACCGCCCAAACAGAGAGAUCUGGAACAGUGCAGCAGCACAGCCGACAGCAGGGGCUCACCACCAUUUCCUUGGAGGAGAAGAAAAUCCUUCUCUCUCUAGACAGACUCAACCGCCAGCUGCACUGUGUACAGGAACAUGUUGGGGGAAAUACUGGCAUUCAUGGUCUCAUACUUAUUGAUCCCGCCUAUACCAGAGAAGCGAAAGUCACAAGCCAUUACAAGCGUCGUGCAUCCUCAGUCAACAACCGCUCUCGACACCAGAAGAAAUUCUGACGUGAAGCUUGUACGGUUGUGUACUUUCCAUUGAUCUCAGUGCAUACUGUCCUGCACCAUACUGUUUAUCAAAGCACUUUAUUACCCAGCAAAAUGCAUUUCAACAAACGUGCCUACUGCAGCAACUUAAAGAUCUAAGAGAUUAGCAACAGCAGAUUGACGAAAAACAAAACAAAAGCGAAAUUAAACCAAAUUGAAUUUUGAGUUUGUGUGUUAGUUUUGCAUUUUUACCAUCUGCUUGGACACAUUGCCACAAAGAAUUAAUUUAGAUUUUGUUAAGCAACAUAAUAAUAAGCAAUCAAACUCCUAAGUGCCUAUGAAAGUGAUGCUGGCUUCAAUCUGUUUCUGUUUCGCUUAUACCAUCUUAUAAUUGACUCACGGCCAGCACUGACUGCAAAAUACAUAAAGUGUAGAUUUGUAUGAGAUGUUUUCAAGGCUGCCCCAUUCUGAUUUUACUUUAUUUAGUAAAACUAUAAUUUCAUGGGAACUAUUUUGCGACAAUAUUGGCGGUGAACUGAAUAAAGCUUGUUGUCAACACACUGAUAAGCUGA